AUGAAAUUCUCUAUCGGUGUCUCUCUACUGGCCACCUUGGCCAGUGCCGUCAAUGUUGACAUGGCCAAGCGCGACACGUCUCCUCUCGACGUCAAGCUCGAGGCUAUUGGCAACUCUGGUGUCAAGGCUGUCCUCACCAACACCGGUGACUCCGACAUUAAGCUUUUCAAGACUGGUACCUUUCUUGACAAGUCUCCCGUCGAGAAGGUCGAGGUUUUCGCUGCUGGAAACAAGAUCGACUUUGACGGCGUUCGUCUCCAGAUCGCGACCACGGGCCUAGCCGAGGAGGCUUUCCAGAUCGUCGCUGCUGGCGAGACUCUCGAGGUUGAGUUCGAUGCUGCUGAGCUUCACGACCUCAGCAAGGGCGGUGCCGUCGACAUCGUCACUCAGGGUUCCUUCCUCUACGCUGAUGUCGACUCUACCGAGAUCGCCGGCACCGUCCCCUUCUCUAGCAACAGCGUUCACACCGAGAUCAAUGGCGAGGAGGCCGCCUCCGUUCGCGCCGCUUUCUUGGCCAAGCGCACCAUCGUCCAGUCCGACUGCACCGGCACCCGCCGCACCGCCACUGUUAACGCCAUCAGCCGCUGCCGCUCUCUCGCCGCCGCUGCUUCACAGGCCGCCGCCUCCGGCCCUGCCGCUCGCAUGACCGAGUACUUCAAGUCCGCUACCACUGCCACCCGCAACUCCGUUGCCACAGUUUUCCGCAACAUUGUUUCCGAGUGUGGUAGCACCACCUCUGGUGUCUCUCGACAGUACUGCACUGAUGUCUACGGUGCUUGCUCUGGUGGCGUUAUCGCCUAUACCGUCCCGGCCCAGAAUUACAUGGUCAACUGCCCCUACUUCUUCAACAACAUGGCCGCUGCCUCCUCAACCUGCCACGCUCAGGACCAGCAGACUACCAUUCUUCACGAGAUGACCCAUCUUCGCCAGAUCAAGGGUACUUCUGACUACGGCGGUUACGGAUACAACUUUGUUCGCAGCUUGACCGCAGCUCAGAACCUGAACCAUGCCGACACGUACACUCUUUUUGCUCAAUGUAAGCUCUUCACGUGGCUUCCAUCUACGCUGGCUGCUAAGCGCUUCGCUCCCAUUGAUGCACGGUAA